AGUCCCCUCCUUCGCCCUCCUUCCCUUCUCCAGUGUUUACAUCCAGAGCUGGAGUAGGAGGAGGAGCUGGAGGCUCAGUGCCGGGGGAAAGGCUCUGGCAGCCGCGGCGACCUUGCGCCGCUGCCGCUCCUCCUCUCGAGUAAGCCGCGGGGAGAGCCAGGGAGCGCCGCCAUGAAGGGGCCUAGUUCAGAAGCACAGAUGGUGGAAAGCAACGCAGAGGCAGCUGCUGAAGAACCACCUCCUUAUUUGCAGGAAGAACCUCCUCAAGACCUUAGGAAAGACUGCCCACAGCCACAGUCUGGCGUGAUCUGGAGAGUGACAGGAGGCCUGUACAGCAUCACCCGAGGAGCCGUGGGGGGAGUGGCUUGGGUUGGUAGCAAAGGCUUUGAACUCACCAAAACAGCAGUGACCAGCAUCCCUACAGCCAGCGUUGGACUAGUCAAGGGCAGUGUCUCAGCAAUGACCAGUGGCGUGGGAGCUGUUGGCAGUGCAGUGGCCAGCAAAGUCCCUUUCACCACAAAGAAGAAGGACAAGGCUGACUAGACCCUUCCUUCUGACAGAUCACUUAGUCCCUGACCUUCCUCACUGCAAUACCAUUUUGUUUUGGAUCACAAACACAUACAAGGGAGAGCAGACCUCCUAGCCAUGGCUGAACUUCAAUUUUUUUAGCUUGGAGCCCACAGUCACAACUAACCACACUCACGCACUAUCCCACAUAGGAUAAGGUUACCAGAUUUUUUUCAAUGAAUCCUGGGACACUUUUCAACUUCAAUUGAUUUUGUAGGGGGACUGAUUUGUAAAUCUGGGGAAUGUCCCCAGGAAACGGGGACGUCUAGUAACCUUAACGUAGGAGAACUUUGUUCACCCCAUGAGAGGCUAUGUAGGAGCUCCAGUUGUGAGCAUUGUGCUCAAUCUGUUUGGACACACUAGACAGAAAAGUAAAGCACAGAGCUGUUUCCCAGUAGGAGACACAGGUAUGAUCCUGGUAGGGUUGACCAAUGGUCACCUGGAGUUUCUUCUUUCCUUAAAGCCAUUAGUGAGCUGUGGGGUUGGGGAAGUGCUGAUGGGCAGAGGGGUCCACAUCCUUGCCUGAGAGAGACAUGAGGCAGCAAGAAAGGGGGCGACUAUCAGUGUAGUACAGUGCAUGACUGCAAUCUGGCCAUGUGGCUCACCGAAGACAGCAUCCCCAUGCCCGGGCAUCUGGACAGUCAGCAGGUGUCUGAACCUGUGCAGGAUUGACAGAGCCAGCUCUUGCUACCUCCUUGCAACUCCCUCAGCAGCCACUAGUGGGAAUCUCCUGCCACAAUCCUUACUAGACACAUCAACAACUUUCAGUGGGGAAAUAAUUUCCAGGUUGCCAAUCUGGUCACCCUAGCCCAAUUUUUUGUAUUUAAUGGUUUGUAGUUCAUUAGAGGUCUUUUUAAAAAAAAACAAAAUAAAUGGGGAAGGGCUGUAUGGGACCUGUCCACACAAAUGUAACCUGUAUGAAGCAGAGAUGCUGUGAAUAAGGGCAUCCAACCAUUCCACAGGUGCAACAGAGGAAAGAAUAUAUAUGUUUAUGAGGCACCAAGGCAACCAAGUUAUUGAGUGGCCUUGAAUAAAUAUAAAUCGUCCUGCUGAUGAUGGUGAUAACAACAUCAAUUUUCUCCUCAUCUCUCUCACACAAGCCCACUUCUAUCCACAGGUACACCUAGUUAGAAUGAAAAAGGUUCCUUGUUUUAGAAUUACUUCUGCCUUUCCUGGCAUUGUAGGAUUUUAACUAUGUGCAAUAGAGAGAAAGAAUGUUUAUAGUGUGUUUUAUGAUCAUAUAUAGUAAGCAUUGGAUCAGUUUUCUAAUAAUUAAAGCCAUGAAAACUGAGGUUGACCCUGCCCAUAAAUAAUCUACACAUUAUUCCUGACAAAUCCAGCAAUUUGUAAUUGAGGCUGUUCAAAUUUUGUUUUGGUUCAUUGACCAGGCAGGGAUAUCAUCAACAUGAAAUGUUUUAGGCAAUGCUCGCUUAUACCUUUAGAAAGUGUAAACCAUGCUCAUGUUUUAAACCCAUUCUUUCCCCCACUUCUACUUUGCCAGUUUGGCCAGUGACCAAACUUUGCUCCUGCAAUCCUUAAGCUGUUUGUACGGAAGUAAAUCCAUGUGACUUCAAUGGGACUUACCUCCAGUUAUGUGUCCUUGAGACUGGUGCCCGAGAUGCUCUGUCUCCUUUCUGUCCUUUUCUGUUUAUGGUUCUUUCAUGAAAGGGAUGUUGAUCUUUGGAUACUUAAAAUGGAGCAGACUUAAGUAGAUUCAGAAGACAUGUUUUAUUCAUAUCCUGGAUGCUGGGAUCAUUCUGAUUUCCACCUCUUGAAGAUUCUUUGCAGCUUUGCUUGACUACGAUAUCUUCACAGGCACCAUUAGUGUGACCAGUAGCUAAAGCUUGCUUCAUUCCACAUCAUGGCAGCAUGUAGUUCCCCUUGGAGGAAAUUUCUUUUCUCUUUCAACCUUUCUGUUUUAUUUUGUUAUACCUGCCGUUUUUGGUUGCAUUAUCGCAAUACCAUCUGACACCAGAAUGCCUACCUGUGUUUAACUGAGUAGUCUUCUGCAAUUUGCAGAGCCCAAGAUGGCUGGUUUAGCUCUGUU